UUGACUUCCGUCAGUCGCAUUUCCGUUGAGAAUGUAGAAAUAAACCAAACAGAUACAAAAAAAUAACAUUUUGAGCCCUCAGUUUGACAUUUAUGAGAUUGGAAAAUACUGAUAUGUAGCAGAAAGUCAGCAUUGAGAACAUGUCCAGGAUGAAAAGUGGGACACGUAGGAAGUGUAGUACUUGCUGCUCAGAUGGACAACAGUAUAAUUAUCAUCCAAGCAAGGAAAUUUUUCAUCAUCUAUUUAAAAGACAAUAUUCAGGAACAUGUACAAAUGCUCAAAAAAUUGUCAAUGACUAUGUUUCACACCAGGCCCCAGGAUUAAUGAAAGAAAAAGAAUAUGAUCUGGGAAGUAACAAUAAAGUAUUUGCAUCUAAAUGGCUAGAUGAUAAGCAAGUUGUUUUUGGAACAAAAUGCAACAAGUUGAUGGUAAUGGAUGUUUAUACAGGACGAAAUAUUCAGAUUCCAUCUUUAAAAAGCAGUGAUGAGAGUACACCAGCUGAUUGUCCAUGUGGUAUACACGCUAUAGCUCUUAACCCAUCAGAAUCCCUCCUGGCAACAGGUGGAGAGAAUACAAAUGAUUUGGCAAUAUACAUGCUUCCCACUUUUGACCCUGUUAUGGUUGGUGAGUGUUCACAUUCAGACUGGAUAUUUGAUAUAGAAUGGGUAGAUGAUGAGUAUGUCUUGACAGGUUCAAGAGACAGUCAGUUAGCUUUGUGGAAAGUAGAUAAUUUAGAAAAAAAUGAAUCUACAGAAAGCACAAGUUUACAGUUCCCAGAAUAUACUAUUAAGAAACCAGAAGUGGUUAAACUAUGUGAUAAAGCUCAGAAAGUCAGGGCAUUGUGUUUUGAUUAUAAUAGAAAGGAAUUAGGUGUAUUGUCAUUAAAUGCGUAUUUCCAUAUAUGGGAUGUAGAAUCAUUUUCGCCUGUCAGCAGUAGAAAAUUAUUCCACUCUAGAGAGAAUGUAUGUAUGGCUGUUUCUAUAGAUAAGACGAUGUAUGCAGUGGGAUCUCAAUCUCAUAUCAAUUUGGUAGACCCAAGGUCACCUAAUACUUUAACAACUGUGAUAUCUAAAUACAGAGGUGGUGGUGUGCGGUCACUGAGUUUUAAAGGAGACAUACUAACAAUUGGAACAGGUGUUGGACAUGUGUUGUUCUUUGAUGUUAAAGGUGGAAAAUACAUAGAAACUGAAUGUGGGGAUGUGUGUUCACUUAAGGUUGCCAAAGGCUGGUUGCUGCAUGAUGAAAACUAUCGAGAGUUUUUUAUGGAACACCUUUAUCCAAAUGCUAUAUAUACACAUCAAUAUGACCACACAGGAACUAGACUGUUUACAGCUGGAGGACCAUUACCAGCUGGGCUCUGGGGAAAUUAUGCUGGACUAUGGUAUUAGUAUUUCCAUUUCUCGAUUGACGGAAGAAGGUAGCCAUGUAAGGAUGAUUGAUUGCAAACCUGGACUAAAAUUGUUUUCUGGAGUUCAUCACCUCAAUGGUUUGAAUCGUAAUACACAUGCCAAAAAAGUGUACUGAAAAUGGCAUUGAUGAAGGAAUGUUCAAGGAAUCGUAUGCAUGUAAAACAAAGUUCAUAAAUUCACUUUAUUCAAUUUUGUUUCAUUGUAAGAAACAAGUUAUGGUCAGUACUGUUUUGUAUAACAACCACAGAUCAUUGUAGAUAAUCUCAUCAAUGGACCUUAUUAGAGACACCCCAGUUAGUUCCAUUGAAAUAUUGUUUUAUCCAUUUUUGCAUAAAAAGGCUGUUGUUGAGUCAAGUUUUGUUACAUUUUUGCCUUUUUAGUUUUCUGAAUAUCUUGUAUAAAAUGAACUAGUAUUUUUGGAAUUGUUGAGGCUAAAAAUUGGUCAUAUUGGAAGUUACUCAAAGCUAUCUAUUUUAGUUCUUUCUCUGGGUGUAUGUACUUUAAAAUUUUCUUAAUAUGCAAUACACUUAUUUCAGUGGGCAUCAACUGUAAAAUGUAUUAAUUAGGCAUAACAAAUUCAUAAUGUUAUUAGAACAAUAAAGAACAUGGAGUAGAUGGACUUUUAUAUAAACAAAAGUGGUUAGAAAUAAUGGGUAUGAUACACAUAUACAUAUAUAUGUCCCAAUUUAUAAAAUAUAUAAAAUAACUGGCAAAGUCUUUCUUGGAGUAUUGUCAUAAGUGACUAUAAACAACAGACUAUCUUUCUUGGGUACAAUAUACAAUUUAUAAAGAUAUUUGACAUGGAAGUUCAGUAUUUGUGUAAUUAAGAAUAAUAUCCCUUCAAUGGGAAUAUGAGUUACUGAUAUUCGGAUGACUCAGUAGAAAUAAACAUUGGUUCAUAUCACCACAUCAUGUUUUGUAUUGGAAUUCACAUUCAUGAAUAUUUAUAAAACCAUUUUAUAAUUUAAAUUAUUUAUUAUUUUGAUUUUAAAAAUGAGAAUAAAUCAAAUAAGAAAUGAACUCAUUUUGUAAAUUUGUUACACUUUUCCCUUUACAUAUUCAUUAAUUAUUAAUGAUUAUGCUUGAAAAGGAAUUUUAAUUUUUCAUACAAACAUUUUUGGUGGCCUUCAUCUGUUUUCUGCUCUUUGGUCGGGUUGUUCUCUCUUUGACACAUUCCCCAUUUCAAUUCUCAAUUUUAUUUUUCUUCAGAAAAGCAUGAAACAGGUUUUUUUUUUUAUGAGCAGUUUAGUUUGAUAUUAAGAAUAUAAAAUUUUAUUUUGCAAUUCUAUUGUUAACAGUACCAAAACAUAUCUUUUGAAGAAAUAAUGCUUUUACUAAAGCAAUGUCUUCCUAAUCUAGACAUCACAGCUUUGGAAAAAAAACUUUUAAUGUAUAAAGUGAAAAUUUGUGAAAAUGUAAUGACAUUUUUUUAAGUUAAAAUUGUUAUACACUGCCAUGCUGAUUUAUGUUGAAAUAGUUUUAUUUAAUUUUUUUGUGUAUGCCUGUUAUGAAAGAGCACAGAUUGAUGUAGUGAAACCUUUGCUUGUUGUGAUAAAGCAAGGAUAACUGUUAUGAAUAUUUGUAUAAAACAUAAUUAGAUGCAUUUAAUUACUAAAUUAAAGGUUAAACUACUUGGGGAAAGUUUGAAAUUUAACCAAAUUAAAGAAGAUUUUAUUUAGAUAAGUUGCAAAAAUUUUGAAAUGAAGUUGCACAUAUGGUACAUUUAUGAUUUACUUUUCAACCAGAAUUUUAUCAAGACUAAUGAAUUUUAAACAGAAUGUGUGGCUGAAUGUUCAAAAAUAAUAUAGUGAGUGACAGUUUAGUAUGAUGUGUUCAUGUGUUGUUUACACAUAAAUUUGAUGUAUGAGAGGUGAAAGCUGUCGAUACAUAGAAUGAUGACAGAAAAGUUUGGAAAAGUAGAUGAACGGUAAUAUUAAAAUCAGUUGGGUUAUCCUGAGAUGCAAUUAAAUAUUUUGUGUUUUAAUUGAAGUGUUAAUGUAGUCUCUGACUAUACUGUCUUCAUAAAUCUGUUUACUAUAAACAAUAUUGCAAUAUCUCCAAGAGGAAAUUUUUAUAUAAAGUUGACAUUCACACUGAAUAUUACUGCAUUGGAAUUGUCUCAAUAUUCUUGGUUAGUGUCUUAUUUUUGUUAUUUUUUUUUUAAAUCACUGUUCUAAAACAACAUAAAAAACCUCUGAUGAUAUAUCAGAAGUGUUCUAUAAUGAUGUAAAAAUGAUAUACUUUUCCACUGAAAAUGUCAUACAUUAAAAAUAGAAUGGAA